GUGUAAAGGGCUGACUGUUCUAUAGUCACUAAUGGAAAGAGGUGGGGCAUGCAUGUUUGUCUCCACUGUGAAAUUCAUGUCAUCAUUCAAUAUUCAAACCGACCACAUUUGCCUGCCAGCACCAGCCAACGCUGCAAAAGACAUUGUAUGAAUUUGCUACAAAAUAGAACUCUUUCAUAGAUGUUCUUUUACUCAAGCACAUCGACUAUUUUCUUUCCCGUCGAGUCUCCGCUUUAUUUUGCCUGUGAAAGAGGGGAUCUUCCGUUGCUGUUUGUCUCGAUCUUACAUUUACAUUGCGUUCCCAUUGUGCACGCAUGACCACCAGCAAUAUCUAAACAGAUACGAAUAUCGUGCUUAUCCUGCGUAUCUUGAGGAAAAAUUCAGUUAUGGUGGAUGCACUAUCGUCGAGUCUGGCACGGCUCCGACUGAGUGCCGACCAACUCGUCUCCACUGAUUUCGACGAGCGGCUUAUUAGCCAGGAGAAUAGAGCCACCGGGGCUAUUAGGUCUCGAAAAAGGGUUCAAAAGAACGUGGAUGAGCUCAAGUCCGAACUAGAGAGUGAAUUUCUCACACCCUCGUCUAGUUUUAGCCCUGAUUGGCUGAACCGGUUGCAGAAACGAUGGGACGUUUCGGCGGAUUAUCGGGAUCUGUUUGAAAUAGAUCCGACGCAGACUCGUACUAUUAUCCGAUUCAACCGCGAAGGCCUAGAAGGGCGGAUUACGGGCUAUCAUGAAGUCACAGUACCGGCAACCAGUGCAACGGCGAAGAAUUCAACCUCUUUGCUUCGGCGUCCAGCUGCAAGAGCGGACUUUGUUCGAGGAGCUGCGGGUUACUUCCCCUUUUCGCCUGGCGGUUUGGAGGGCGUUGAGGCGAUCGCGGAGAUGGAAUCUGAAAUGCAAGCAAAUGACCAGCAGAGAGCUAGUGGAAAGCAGGGUCUUGAUCGAAUCAUUAAUUUCGGUACUGAAGAAGGACUUUUGGAAGUUCCACCGGGCUUUUCGCGAGGGAUGAAAUUCGAUGAACCCACAUCUCAAGCUGCUGAAGAAGAUGACAAGGAUGUCGAAGAGACCUUGGCGCAAGAAGAAGAACACAUUUCCACAGAGCGUAAAGAAGUCAAGGAAGGCGCUAGAAAAGGAGUAGAAGAUGAAGAUGAAGUCAUGAGCGAGGACGAAGAGCGAGAUAUUGAUUCGCUAUUGCCCGUUGAGUUUCCAGCCUUUGAGCCACGAAGUCAACUUCUAGCCGCGGCUGCAAAAAAAGGUGGUCGCGAAUGGGCUCAUGUUGUGGAUGUGAACAAGGAAAUCACCAAUUUCCAUGAUCUGGUUCCAGACAUGGCAAAGGAAUGGCCCUUUGAACUUGACACUUUUCAGAAAGAAGCCGUUUAUCACUUGGAGAAUGGAGAUUCGGUAUUCGUCGCAGCUCACACGUCGGCUGGAAAGACUGUGGUUGCAGAGUACGCCAUUGCACUCGCUGCAAAACACAUGACGAAAGCGAUAUACACAUCCCCAAUCAAAGCAUUGAGUAAUCAGAAAUUCCGUGACUUUCGCAAUAUAUUCGACGACGUUGGUAUUCUUACGGGUGACGUACAAAUCUCGCCGGAAUCGAGCUGUCUUAUUAUGACCACAGAAAUUCUUCGCAGUAUGCUUUAUCGCGGAGCCGACCUUAUUCGAGAUGUCGAGUUUGUUAUUUUUGACGAAGUACAUUAUGUCAACGAUAUGGAACGUGGAGUGGUUUGGGAAGAGGUUAUUAUAAUGCUCCCUGAACAUGUCACGUUGAUUCUCCUUUCAGCCACUGUCCCGAAUACAUAUGAGUUUGCGUCAUGGGUUGGACGUACCAAAAAGAAAGAUAUAUAUGUUAUUUCUACGGCCAAGCGCCCUGUACCGCUUGAGCAUUAUCUCUGGGCCGGUAAGAGUAUCCAUAAAAUUGUUGAUUCAAACAAAAAAUUCAUCGAAAAGGGCUGGAAGAACGCCGAUGAAAUUCUGUCUGGAAGAGAUAAAGCCAAGGCCCAAAAGGCCGCAGACGCACAAGCACAGUCCCAAGCUAGUCAAAAGGGUGCACAGCAAGGACGAGGCCAGGGUCGCGGCGCCCCAGCCAGAGGAGGUGGACAGAGAGGCGGUCCUCAACGCGGUGGCCCUCAAGGCGCACAGGGACGAGGAAGAGGUGCGCCAUCAACUAGAGGCUCUGGAAAUAUUGCUCGAACUGGCCGUGGUGGAGGAAGGACGACGGCAGCGCAAGACCGAAAUAUAUGGGUCCACCUUGUGCAGUAUCUGCGCAAGGAGAACUUGCUUCCUGCUUGUAUUUUCGUCUUCUCCAAGAAGAGAUGCGAAGAAAAUGCAAACUCGCUGUCUAACCAGGACUUUUGCACUGCGUCUGAAAAGAGUGCUAUUCACAUGAUCAUUGAGAAGUCUCUGGCUCGGUUGAAGCCAGAGGAUAGAGUGCUUCCCCAAAUCCUUCGACUUCGAGAACUUUUGAGCAGGGGCGUAGCUGUACAUCAUGGUGGUCUUUUGCCUAUCAUGAAGGAAAUUGUGGAGAUUCUAUUUGCAAAAACUCUGGUUAAGGUUCUCUUUGCGACAGAGACAUUUGCCAUGGGUCUGAAUUUACCAACUCGCACAGUAGUGUUCUCCGGGUUCCGAAAACACGAUGGCAAGGGAUUCAGAGACCUUUUACCAGGGGAAUAUACACAGAUGGCCGGGCGCGCAGGAAGGAGAGGUUUGGAUACCGUUGGUUCUGUGAUCAUCGUCACUAGUGGCAGAGACGAGGCACCACCUGCCGGCGCGUUGCGAAGGAUGAUCCUAGGAGAUCCGACGAAACUGCGAUCCCAGUUCCGCCUGACGUACAACAUGAUUUUGAAUCUUCUCCGUGUUGAAGCUCUCAAGAUCGAGGAGAUGAUUAAACGGAGCUUCAGCGAAAAUGCCACCCAGGCACUAUUACCCGAGCAUGAGAAGCAGGUGCAGCUUUCUGAGGCUAGUCUCGCAAAAAUAAAACGCGAGCCGUGUAGCUAUUGCGACGUGGAUCUUGCCGCCUGCCAUCAAGCGGCGGUUGAAUAUGAGAAGCUCACUAGAGAUCUUCACACCGGCCUGAUCACUUCUCCAGUAGGGAAGAGACUUUUCCAGAUCAAGAGACUUGCGGUGUAUAGAAAGGAUGGUAUUCGCACGGCCGGGAUGAUUGUUCGCGAAGGAGUUAGUGGCGGCGAACCCACGAUUCAGGUCCUCGAAAUAGGUGCAGUAAGCGACAAGCGUCAUCCAAGCGAUAUAUUACCGUUCCUCCCCAUCUUCCGUCAUUUUUUCCGUCAGCUGCCCACGAAGUCUGAGGAAAUGAUUCUGAAAGUGUGCCGAGUGCCUUUGGCUGAUAUUGAGUGUGUGACAAACACUCUUGUGAAGCUUGGUGGGCCGGUCUGGUACUUGAAUAUAAAGAAGGAGGCCUUGAAAUUCGGAGACAAGGAGUUGUCCAAACACUGUGCUUCGUGGGAUAAUUCCACUUGGGAUGAAUUGGACUGGGCUCGUGUCAAGGAGCUGCAAGUGAGGGAUAUUUUGAGUAAACGACAAGAGCAAGCCGCUAUUGCACAGUCCUGCCACUGUCUUUCUUGCCCCGACUUUCUUAAACACUUUGAGAUGCAACAUGACGAAUGGCAGGUGAAAGAGAACAUCUUACAAUUACGACAACUUAUGUCGGACCAGAAUCUGCAACUGCUUCCUGACUACGAACAACGAGUCGAGGUUUUAAGAGAGCUAGGGUUUGUAGAUGGUGAAUCUCGGGUGCAACUGAAAGGCAAGGUUGCUUGCGAGAUCCAUUCUGCUGACGAACUGGUCCUCACCGAACUCAUUCUCGAGAACGUGCUCGCUGAAUACGAGCCAGAAGAAAUCGUGGCUCUCCUGUCUGCGUUUGUUUUCCAAGAAAAAACCGAGAGCGAGCCCACCCUGACGCCCCGCCUUGAGAAAGGCAAGGAGGCGAUUGUGCGAAUUGCCGACAAGGUCAACGAUUUUCAGAUCCUGCACCAGGUUAUCUUGUCAAGUGAAGACUCCAAUGACUUCACCAGCAAGCCUCGUUUUGGCUUGGUGGAGGUUGUGUAUGAAUGGGCCAAGGGGAUGUCUUUCAACCGUAUCACGGAUCUGACCGAUGUAAUGGAAGGCACAAUCGUGCGAACCAUUACCCGCCUCGACGAGACGUGUCGAGAGGUCAAGAACGCGGCGAAGCUGGUGGGUGACCCGACGCUCUACACCAAGAUGGAACAGGCCCAGGAGAUGAUCAAGCGCGAUGUGAUUUUCGCCGCGUCGCUGUACAUGUAGGCGUGUCUAUUAAGUCGGUAUACAUCCUGAAUGAAUAUGGGUAUGUUUUCUUUAUGAAGGAUUAUUGUAAUUACAUGUAACUAUGUUAGGUGUAUGGGUCUCGGAUGGAGACACCGAGACAGCUUUAUUGCCACCCACCAGUUUGGAGGCUCGUUAGUGUCCAUCGGCCUAGCAGCCACAUGGCACAGUAAAUUUAAGACGCAGACACUCAUCAUAAUCUUAAAGACUUUACCCAAUUGACGCGAAUGUAUGUGGGAACUCGCGUACGAUGUCCAGCGUUAUAAGCUACAUCAGCUAGCCUCGAGGUCAACACGAGGCUCAGAACGUGCUGUGUUGUUCUCUCUCUUCUCUCUCUUUUCCAGAUAAAAUAGGGCAGCCCCGUUCAAAUUCAAAAUAAAAUUCCAAUGUCAUC